UGCCUUCCUCUUCCCUCCUAUCCAUCCGCAUCCGCAACAGCAACCCGUGUCAGUUGUCUCCCUCUCCGUAGCAGAAAAACGGCAGCUGAUGCUCACCGCAUUCAGGUCAUGCUCUUCUUCACUCCACUUUACCCACCACACUCUUUCGCUUCAUCCCCUCAGAAAACCACUCGGCUUUAAGCCCUACUUUCUCAUCUAUUCUUCCUUCCCCGCAAAACCCUUCUCUCAGAGAUCCCUCUUUCUCUCGAUUCCAUUAGUUAAUCCAGGAUCACUAGCAGCAAUGGCUUCUCGCCCUUCUGCCUUCGACCUCCUCAUGUCCAAUGCCAGCAAGAAAAAGUCCGAGCAGAAACAACAAAAACCAUCUCCCAAGAAACGCAAAACCCCCACCCCCAUCAUCACUUCUCAAAAUUUUGCUCCGAUUUCAGUCAAAGAACCUGAUUCAGCUCAAAUUAAAGAAGCCCAACUGGAAAACGAUAUGAAAAAUGACGAUUCGAGCAAGAUUAAGGAUGCCCAGCUGGGGAAAAGUGAGGAAGCGGUGGUUAAGAAACCUAAGGUGGCAAUUACUCCUGAUGAGAGCCUUCUUGAGUUGAAGGAUAAGGCGGCAAGUUUUGAUCCCAAGAAGGCGGCAUAUUGGGGAAAGGGACAAAGGGUGCCGUUUAUGUUUGUAGCAAAGGCGUUGGAUGCUAUUUCUAAAGAAUCAGGGCGGAUUGCGAUAACUGCAAUUGUUUGUAACAUGUUGAGGACUGUGAUGGAAACGACGCCAGAGGAUUUGGUGGCUGUUGUUUACCUUUUGGCGAACCGGAUUGCUCCAGCUCAUGAAGGAUUGGAGCUUGGGAUUGGGGAUGCUUCGAUUAUUAAGGCUCUGUCCGAGGCGUGCGGAACAAAAGAAGCACAAAUUAAGAAGCAGUACAAGGAGCUUGGUGAUCUAGGCCUUGUUGCAAAAGCAAGCCGUUCGUCUCAGUCUUUAAUGCGCAAACCAGAAGCACUAACUGUUGUUAAAGUUUUUGAUACAUUUCGCCUUAUUGCUAAGGAAUCUGGUAAGGAUAGUCAAGAGAAGAAAAAGAAUCAUAUCAAGGCACUACUGGUUGCUGCUACUGAUUGUGAACCUCAGUACUUGAUUCGUCUGCUCCAGGCUAAACUGCGCAUUGGUUUAGCUGAGCAAACUCUGUUAGCUGCUUUGGGCCAUGCUGCAGUUUAUGCUGAUAAGCAAUCUUCAACUCCUGCAAAUAUAGAUUCUUCUUUAGAAGAGGCUGCUAAAAUCGUGAAACAAGUUUACUCGGUAAUUCCAGUCUAUGAUAAAAUAAUCCCUGCUCUUCGUGCUGAUGGUGUAUGGGAUCUUCCCAAGACAUGUAGCUUUUCACCUGGUGUUCCUGUUGGACCUAUGCUAGCAAAACCAACUAAGGGAGUUUCUGAAAUAUUGGAUAAGUUUCAGGAUAUUGAAUUCACCUGUGAAUACAAGUAUGAUGGAGAACGUGCUCAGAUUCACUACAUGGAGGAUGGUUCAGUGGAGAUAUAUAGUCGAAAUGCAGAAAGAAACACUGGAAAGUAUCCUGAUGUUGUGGAUGCAAUUUCAAGGUUUAAAAGGCCGUCUGUAACCUCAUUUGUUCUUGAUUGUGAAAUUGUUGCAUUUGAUCGUGAGAAGAAAAAAAUUCUCCCCUUCCAGGUCCUCAGCACACGGGCUCGUAAAAAUGUGGUCUUGAGUGAAAUAAAGGUUGGUGUUUGCAUAUAUGCUUUUGAUAUCUUGUAUAUCAAUGGCCAACCUCUUCUACAAGCACAGCUUGACAGUCGAAGGCAGCAACCCUUUCUCAGAAGCACUCUUAAGAUACUUGAAAAUUCGUAUAACAGCAUCCCAAUGACUAGUACGAGGGGCAUCAAGAAAUUGAGUCACAACACACACUGCAAAUGA